CACUAUUCUCACCCCGGGCCUCGAAAACGGCUAAGUCUGGUAUGUAUGGGUGCCAAUCCAAGGACAGCUCAAUACUAUUGUUACACUCACUCUGAUGGCUAAUUGUGUAUCACAUACUCGACGCGUCGACAUGGUGCCGGACACGGUGUACAGCGAGGCCGAAAGAGGAGGCGUCUGGGUGGAGCACUUCACAGCACCCCAUAUACAAAGCGCCGAUGUGAUGCUGCGGCUGUAUUCACAUCUCAAGAAACACGUUGAUGCGGUUAGGUUGGAAUAUGACAUUGACUUGACGACGGGGCCGUACACUGCGCCUGAAAGAUCGAGUUCGAGUUCUAGUGGCGGAAGUCCUUGACGACCCUAGGAGUCGCCUGCUGGGCCCAUUAUACAUGUUGUUGGUAUUAGAAAAUGCAGGUUGGAUUC